GGAUGACACAAGCCAGGUGUGUCAGAUCUGCAGGGAUUUGUGCAUUUCUACAGAGGUCUGUAGUCACCUUCAGGAAGAAUUCGUAUCACAUAAUUGCCCAAGUGACAAGAUGGUUUCCAUAGCAAAAAAUGCAAUGCACAGAAAACCGGUAUAGCUCUCAUAUUUUGAGUGAAAAAAAAAUUACAAAUCGAGGAGAACUAAGACGGAAUGCAAAACAAAAGGCUUUUUGUGUCUUCUCCAUAAAAUCCUUGCUCACCUCGGGCACCUUUGUGGUGUAAGUACUCCAGCCUUAAAUCUGUACUUACCAACGCCUACAAUAUCAGCUGUGUGUGUGUGUGUGUGUGUGUGUGUGUGUGUGACCGAGUAAAAGUCGGGGAGUAACCUGUGGUGGCUGGAAGGCAGGACUCAUCUCACGUCAAAGCUCAUGAACCAGAGGAGGGCAGUUCGAUGCUUAAAAAGCUGGGAGUGUGACAGUCAGUACAAAGAAAAGAAAGCGAUCAUGCACACUGCGUUAAUUACAGGAAGAAAGAAGGCAUAAAGAGAUCGAUAGGUCAAAGCAGUUCAGAAGGUGAUCCCCGGCUGGAAAAUAUGACCAUUAGGAAUGCUACUGCAAGUGCAAAGAGCGCUGCGCAGCGGAGCCCGGCGCUGGGCUAGUGCUGGCUAACGCCAGCCCCGUCUGUCUUCUAGGGGCUAGUGAAAUAGCAGUGCGCUCAGGCUGUUGCAUGAGCAACAAUGACGAUGGUACAGGCAGACCAGGCUGCAGAGACAGUAGCACUCAAUCCACUGACAGCCUCAGCAGACGAUGGUGGUGGCUAUGAAGAGCCGUGCCUGGGCGAGGUGACCGACGAGGAGUGCUGUGAACGGGUGGCCAUCAACAUCUCCGGCCUGCGCUUUGAGACGCAGCUGCGAACCUUGGCACAGUUUCCACAUACACUUUUGGGGGACCCCCGUAGGAGGGUGCGCUACUUCGAUCCUUUAAGAAAUGAGUACUUUUUCGAUCGGAACCGUCCCAGCUUUGAUGCAAUACUUUAUUAUUACCAGUCUGGAGGGAAGCUUCGGCGACCAGCCAGCGUUCCUUUGGACAUCUUUACGGAGGAGAUCAAGUUCUACGAGCUUGGAGACGAGGCUUUGGAGCGGUUCCGGGAAGAUGAGGGGUUCAUUAAAGAAGAAGAGAAGCCGCUACCAGAGAAAGAGUUCCAACGCCAGCUUUGGCUCCUCUUUGAAUAUCCAGAAAGCUCUGGUCCAGCUCGCUGCAUUGCACUGGUGUCAGUUAUUGUGAUUCUUAUAUCUAUUGUUAUAUUCUGUCUAGAAACUUUACCAGAAUUCCGGGAGGAAAGUAGAGUGUCGGGAGAUCUCUCUGUCACCAAUGGUACCUCACCAGACCUGAUGCAGUCCAGCCCUUUUACAGACCCAUUUUUCAUUGUGGAAACCCUGUGCAUAGUCUGGUUCACAUUUGAACUUGCGGUUCGAUUCUUUGCCUGCCCCAGUAAGGCAGCCUUCUUUAAGAACAUCAUGAACAUUAUUGAUAUUGUUGCUAUUAUUCCCUACUUUAUCACUCUGGGCAUGGAGUUAGCUGAGCAACAAGAGAACGGACAACAAGCCAUGUCUUUGGCUAUCUUGAGAGUGAUUCGUCUAGUGAGAGUGUUCCGCAUCUUCAAACUGUCUCGCCACUCCAAGGGUCUUCAAAUUUUAGGAAAGACCUUGCAGGCAAGCAUGCGAGAGCUAGGUCUUCUUAUUUUCUUCUUGUUUAUUGGUGUCAUCCUAUUUUCCAGUGCAGUCUACUUUGCAGAGACUGAUGACCCGAACUCGGUGUUCACCAGCAUCCCUGAUGCCUUCUGGUGGGCAGUGGUGUCUAUGACCACAGUUGGCUACGGAGAUAUGUAUCCAGCAACCAUCGGAGGUAAGAUUGUAGGUUCGCUAUGUGCUAUUGCUGGGGUACUGACCAUCGCUCUACCUGUACCCGUCAUCGUAUCCAACUUCAACUACUUCUAUCACCGGGAGACUGAACACGGGGACCAAAAUGAAUAUACACAUGUCACUUGUGGUCAGCAGCGACCUUCCUUGUGUGACCUUGAAAGAAGUAACAGCCGACUUUGUCUGCAGGAGAACGAGGAAGAUUUGAACUCAAAGGAUAAACUUAAUUCUCCAGUGAAGCAUAACUCCUUGAACAAGAGUAUGUUAACUGAAGUGUGAAAACAAGUGUGAAAAGUCUAUAGCCUUUAUACAAGCAAGUGUGGAAGGGGGAAAAGAAAACACAGGCGUUCGCUGAUGUACUGAAGAAGAACAAUGCAUUCUGUUUAUUUUCUGGAAAAAAAAUCAACUGCAAUAGACUAGAAGAAAAGCAAAAUCACUUUACCUUUUUAUCCAUUUCAAGAUGACAGCAACAAGACGGUGAAAGCAAAGACAAGUAGCAAGCACAGUGUUUUUUUUUUUUUUUUUGUGGAUAUAUGGUACUAAUGCCUCAGCUGUGCAAAAUAAAAACACAUCUGUUUAAAUACUUACAACAAUGGCUUUAGUGUAAAGGAGAGAGAGUAUACAGCUCUUUAAUGAAUGAAGACAACAUAUAAUUCUUUAUUGAAUGAAAAUAUGUGAACUUCUGUCAGCAUCUGAAUGUGAUUUUAUUUUAUUUAAAUGUUUAAACCUUACCGAAAUGGUACUGAAAAGGAAGCAGUUGUUUCUCUGCACUUGAUACAGACAGAAUCCAUUUGUUAAGCCCUGCAGUCCUUUAUGAGUCAUAUGUCAUCCCCGAUAAUGUCAGUUAUAUGAAUAAAUUAUCGUGCAUAUUUUUAGACAAGUGCCCCCCCACCCCACACACUUCUCUGUAUAGACUCCUGGAUUACUGUGUGCAACAAUUCAUCCUCUCAGAAUGAUUUAAAAUAUUUUUAUAUGCAAAUUGAGAAAAACAUUGUGAAAGUUUAUUUUAAAAAAUGAUAAUGAUGUGUAAAAUAUUUUUUCCAGAUCAUUUGCUCCUAAAAGAAUACUGCAUGCUAAGUAGGGUGAUGCUGGUGGCCGUGGUGAUGGCCGGUGAAAAAACCCUUUCUGUGACCUACAGUUAUAGCUGUUCCUUCCAGUACUAUUCACUUCACUUUCCAUCUUUCAUGGGAUCAUUUGCUUAUAUGUUCAGUAUUAACUAUUUAAUCACUCUGUAAGUUGUGGGUAAUUGUAUUAAAUAUCUAUUUUUGUAAGUAUUAUAUAUAAAUAUGCACAUAUGCUG